CGCGCCGCGAACGCGAAGGUUACAACAACCAAGACGUACCUCUUCUUCGUAACCGAAGCACGUAAUGUCGUGAUCAAAACAACUUAACCCACAAGAAACUUUUACCGUUCCACGUUCGUUUACCUGAAGAGAUUCUUUUCUAGGUGUGUCAAAGUGCAACUUAGUGUUUUGGUUUCUAGAAGGAAAAAAAAAAUGACAGCCCAGGGUGGUUUUGUUAUUGUGGUUUUGGUGUGGUGUGCUGUGGUGGUUCUGAAUGUGGUUGUGGCCGAGAAUAAUAGUAACAAUAAUAAUGGGUGUCCAGAGGGGGAUUGCAAGAUUUCAUCGUCGGAAAAUAAUAACAAUAGCGAUAAUGAAGACCUAGAAAUAGUGGCCUUACACACGUCACAACCAGUGCCAAGACCAAAAGCUUUAAACAUGAUAGCUGAAGAUCAAGACGAAUCAAAUUUCAGACCUACUCCGUUACCACUCACCACAUUAUCAAUAACCAAUAGUUCCUUAUCAAAAAACAGCACCAGUAAAUCAAACGCAACAUCAGUAGUGCCAUUAUCGACUCCUGAAGAACCGAGAGGAAGAGCCCUAAAUUUUACGCUACACGAGACGCAAAACGCAAACAACAAUUUAGCGAAUUCAAGUAAAAACGAUGAAUUUGAUCUCAGCGAUGUCAGUAUAAAUGAUGACGACAUGGACGAAAUGAUUGUCCCAAGGAUUUUGGUGCCGCAUAAAAGUGAAGAAAAAACUGAAAAAAGUGCUCAUAAUGUUACAAAAGAUAUAUGUGAAAAAGGAGGUCUGACCUACGACAACGGCGAAAAACUAGAAAUCGACUGCGACUCGAUCUGCACUUGCGUACAUGGGAAAAUGGACUGCGAAGACAGAUGCUCGAGACCGUUUAUUAGAAAGGGAAAACGAAUAGACGAUCCUCUUUGCUCGGAAAAAGCUACCGAUGAUCCUUGUUGUGCCAUUAUGGUUUGUGCUGGCGACACAGAGACUGAACCAUUGGAAAUGUGUAAUUACGACAACAAGACUUACAACAGAGGCGACACGUUCAACAAGGACUGCUCAGAAGUUUGUAUCUGCGAAGCAGCUGGGAAAUUUAGCUGCAAAGCCAGAUGUCCGCAUUCGGCAAAAACCUCAGACAGUUGCGUAGAAAUCCCAGACCCGAACGAUGGUUGCUGCAAAAAAGUCCUUUGCGAUGUCACUCUGGACGAUCAUCAGGAUCAUGAAAAAGAAGAAGCGGGCAAACCUGCGAAUAAACAUAAAAUAAUAUCGGCUUUUCAAGCUAAUUCUUCAGUUAUUAUAUUGGAUAUCGAACCAAAGUAUGAUGACGAUGAUGCAAAUUUGCCAAUUGUCGAGGUUAGCAACGACAAAGAAGAAUGGAAUUACUACCAACUAUUCCCAAAAGGCGAACUUUACGUACGAGAACAUUUCAAGUACCUCCGGCUAGAAAACACAGAAGAAACUGUCGAAGUCACACAAAUCGAAAAUGCAAAAGAGAAAAAUCGAGCUAGUAAAGACGUCAUUAAAGAUGAAAAAGAAUCGAACAAAAAUAAAGCUUCGAUGAUGAAAGAAGAUGCCAAAAGUUGCGAGUAUAAAGGAAAAACAUUCAAAAUUAACGAAGAACACAACAACGGCUGUGAAUCUUUGUGCAAGUGCCAUAGUGAUGGGGAAAUGAAAUGUUUGAAAUUGGAGUGUCCUACUUAUUUUGGAGUGGACGUCCUAGAUCCGGCUUGCGUUGAAUGGGAAACAAUUCCACCAAAUUUCGAACCUUUAGCGCCAAACUGUUGCCCGGAGCAAGUAAAGUGCAAAAAUAAUGGGUCCUGUCUACACGAAGGAAGAUCUUUUAAAAAUUGGGAGCAGUUGCCUAUCAAUGUGACUGGAUGUGAAAAAAGAUGUUAUUGUGAACUGGGCAAAGUCGAAUGCCAAAACACCUGUCCUCCAGUGCCUGCACUACCUCCAGCAAACCUCCCGUGUCCUCCAAGAGAAGCUUCGCUGCAACAUGGUCCUGAUGACGAUUGCUGUAUGUUUUGGGCAUGUUCCGAUUCCAAAGAACAAGAAUCUUUCAACAAUCAUUAUCCAGACGAUUUCGGUUUCAACCAACCUCGCGAUGAUAUAACCGUUCACGCACUAGAAGCAGUGGAUCCGCACACCAUUAGACUAGCGUUCAUGGUACCGCCGGUUAUUGUUGGGCUACACGGAAGAGUGGAAGUUAGAUACACGUUCAAAGAUAUCGAUGAUGUCAGUGCUUGGGAUCUGCAAGUUUUCGCUCCUCCUAAUGACCUAAUUGCAACGCCAUCGCUCGAAUUUGAUUUGCUCGAUUUGGUUGCGGAUAAGGAGUACAAAAUUAAAAUUACAAUAACUCUCAGAGAUCUUCACAACACGCCUUCAUCUAAAAUCUACAAAAUCAAAACACCGAAAGACGUUCGAACCACCACCUUGCCACCUCAGAUACCAAUCGAACCCGAUUUAGAAAUAUCUGAUAUUAAUUCUACAUGGGUUACAAUUGUCUGGAGGAAAUUCACUGAGAACGAAUUGCAGUUUAUUGACGGUGUCCAAUUGCGCUUCAGAGAAACCGAAGGUAAAAUUUAUACAGCCACGCCUUUAAUACAUAGAGCAGUUACCACUUAUACUAUAGAAAAUUUAAAGCCAAAUACAAAAUAUGAAAUUGGAAUUUUCUUUAUACCGUUUGCAGGCCAACGUACAGAAUUAAAUGCAGAACACAUGAUUCAAUUUACAACUGCCAACUUGGUCGAUACUUAUGGAUUUACUGUGGCAUUGGAUGUUUCCCAAAUCAAAUCUACAAGUGUGGAAAUUUUAUGGAGCGGAGUGCCGUAUCCUGAAGAUAAAUAUGUCAAUAUUUACAGAGCAAUUUACCAAAGCGAUUCUGGUAAAGAGGAUCAGAGUACCUUCAAAAUUGCCAAACGCGAUUCACCGACUAAAACCAUUAUCACAGACUUGAAACCUGGAACCAGAUACAGAUUGUGGUUGGAAGUUUACUUGACCAAUGGGAAAAUUAAAACUAGCAACGUUCAAGAUUUUAUUACCAAACCUAGAGCGGCGCCUGCGUUGGGAUCUUCGUCACAAGACAAAAUCUCAAGAGCAGAAUUCAUAGAUAGUCCACGAGGAGACUAUUAUGGUCCACUAGUAAUCGUAGCUAUCCUAGCAGCCAUCGCUAUCCUUAGCACCCUUAUAUUGCUUCUGAUUUUGGUACGGAGGCAUAAUCAAAAUAAGGCAGCCAUUACGCCGCCUUCAACCAGAAUCAGUCAGUCAGCGUAUGAUAAUCCGACGUAUAAAGUGGAAAUUCAACAGGAAACGAUGGGAUUAUGAAAAACACGCAAAAAGCACAAUUUGUACAUAUUAUAAAUAAGAAUUAGUUCUUAAGCUAUAUAUUUUGUAUGUUUAAAAUGUACUUAACAAAGACAGUAUUUUUUUAACUUGUAAUAUAAUGACAAAAGAAGAGACAUAUAAUAAAAUUAUUUAUUUUCCAUAAUCGAUUUGUUUAAUUGCCCUGAGAUAUUGAUCUGUGACAGUAUAUUGUAGAGGACGACUUUACAAUCUGGACUUUUUUUUCCCAACCAACAAAUCCUUCUUAUUAUAUGAAAAAAUGUUUAAUUGCUCAUUGGACUAAUAACCAAGAUAUUAACAGAAUACGGAAUUCAUAGGCUGGGUAAACAUUUUUGGAGCUUAUCCUAAAAACAUUUUUUUUAAUGUGACAAAAAUAUAGGUAAGG